UCAGUCACAUAAGAUACGAACUGUCAAUAACCGGACAUCGCCGAAAAUGAACGAAGUCCGACUUCGGGAGCAGCGUCGGUAAACAUGGCGGCCAAGGCGCUCCGGCAGCGAACCAGGAGAGGCAGCAGACAAGAUGCAAACAACGUGAACGUCUCCGCCGAAACUCGGCCACCGAAAGAGGAGAAAGUCAGUGAUGACAGCAAAACAACCGACCCUCGGCAAGAGCCAGUAAGUCGUGGAGGGCAGGUAUGGGCUCCAGAAGGGUCAACUGCAUUUAAAUGUCUGCUCUCCGCACGUUUCUGUGCAGCUUUGCUCAGCAACAUCUCAGACUGCGAUGAGACCUUCAACUACUGGGAGCCUAUGCACUACCUGCUGUACGGCACAGGAAUGCAGACAUGGGAGUAUUCUCCGCUGUACGCCAUCAGGUCGUACGCUUACUUAUGGCUACAUGCUCUUCCUGCUUGUUUGCAUGCCCAUGUUCUACAGACAAACAAGGUCUUGGUGUUCUACUUUGUACGAUGUGUCUUAGCAUUCUCCUGCUGUGUCUGUGAGCUCUAUUUCUACAAGGCAGUGUGUAAGAAGUUUGGGUUGCAUGUUGGCCGCCUGAUGCUUGCAUUUCUUAUCCUCAGCACAGGAAUGUUCUGCUCAUCUGCAGGUUGGUUGUCCAUGACAGGGUGGUUUCAGGACUCGACCCCAUUAGCUAUUAUGGGUGUGGCUGCCGGUGCUAUCAUUGGAUGGCCGUUUUCUGUUUUGAUCGGGAUUCCGAUCGCUUUUGACUUGUUGGUGUUAAAGAAGCAGUGGAAAAGUUUUAUCACCUGGGCAGCUGCCGCUCUGCUUCUGCUGCUGGUACCCCUGGUGGCGCUGGACUCUUUCUUUUAUGGCAAACUGGUCAUUGCUCCGCUUAAUAUUCUACUGUAUAAUGUCUUCACACCACAUGGCCCUGAUCUGUAUGGUACAGAGCCGUGGCAUUUCUACUUUGUAAACGGGAUCUUGAACUUCAACCUGGUGUUUGCUCUGGCACUGUUUUCUCUACCACUCACUGCUCUCAUGGAGACUCUGUUACAGAGGUUCAAUGUGCAGAACCUGGGCCGUCCAUACUGGCUGACUCUGUCUCCCAUGUAUCUGUGGAUGUUGGUUUUCUUCACCAGACCUCAUAAAGAAGAACGUUUUCUCUUUCCCAUCUACCCGCUCAUCUGCCUCAGCGGGGCAGUAGCCCUUUCCUCUCUACAGAAAUGCUACCACUUCCUGUUUCAGCGAUACCGACUAGAGCACUACACAGUUUCCUCAAACUGGUUGGCUCUAAGUACAGUUGUGGUCUUCACAGUGUUGUCUUUGUCUCGCUCUGUCAGCCUCUUCAGAGGCUACCAUGCCCCUCUGGACCUGUAUCCAGAGUUUCAUCGCAUUGCCAAAGAUCCGACACUUCACUCAGUCCCUGAAGGCAGGCCUGUCAGUGUGUGUGUGGGCAAAGAGUGGUACCGCUUCCCAAGCAGCUUCCUUCUUCCACAUAACUGGCAACUGCAUUUCAUUCAGUCUGAUUUUAAGGGCCAGCUACCUCAACCGUAUGCCUCUGGUCCUCUGGCUACACAGACCAUCCCAGCCAAUAUGAAUGACCAGAACCAGGAGGAGCCAUCCAGAUAUGUGGAUUUAAAGCAGUGCCACUACUUAGUGGACCUGGACACAGAUGAAGAGACACCACUUGAGCCACGUUAUUCGGCCAACAAAGAGGAGUGGAACAUCAUUGCUUAUAAGACUUUCCUUCAAGCGUCAAGGUCAUCCCCUCUCUUCAGAGCAUUCUACAUCCCAUUUAUGUCAGACCACCACACCACCUACAGGAGAUAUGUCAUUUUGAAACCACGGCGUCAAAAGCAGCCUCGUAAGCGGACCCAUGGUUGACGUCUGAACCUCAGCCUGGUACAAGUACAAAAUCCUAACAACAAAAAUCAGUCGCUUCCUCUCUGCAUGGCUGGUGAGUGUAUGCGUGAUUUUUGAAUGUGUGCAUGCAUGUAUUUUCAAGUAUUGGCAUCAUGAAACAUUGGAAGAUAUCAGACCCUUUAAGGACAUUAUGUCUGCCUUCAGGCAUGUGUGUGUGAGUCUGAAGACAAAAUGGUAUGUAAGCAGGUGUGCUUCACAGAUAUCAGCCAGACAUUUUAUCUUGUGUGUGUGUGUGUGUGUGUUUGGCUGUGUAAAUGAAUGUCUUAUAGUGGAUGCACACUACAAGAGUUUACAUGUAUUUAGUCCAGAACAGGCCAUUGCACACAAAUGAGUGGUUUUUUUCUCCAUACUUUACUUGAAAAUGUUACCUAAAUGGAAGAAUUUUCUGAAUAUUUAAUCAGAAGUUAAGAGAUCUUGUAGUGUUUGCUUGUCUGCAAAUUGAACAGUAUCUUUUUUGUGUGGGAGAUGAAUGAAUGCAAGGAUACAUU